CUCCAAACCGUCUCAUGUAACAACUUUCUCCUUUCUCCUCCUCGCUUCACUCCUCCCACUCCCUUCAUCUCCGUUUAUCUCUCUCCUCCUCCUCCACGGAACACCCACGCGCUCCUCGAUUCCCCUCCAGUCUCGCGCUAGUGGCUGACGAUGACGCUGACCUUUGCACGCGCGCAAGAAUAUUCAUUAUAUGUGGACAUCUGAGAUUAGAUGGAGCGUCCAUCAGUUGAGAACUACUCCGUUUUACCCUCCCCUCCAUGCGAUCUCUCGCUCUCGCGUUGCUCUCCAAUCCCGGCGUCCUGUUUCCACCGCGAUGGGAAAUUAAAUAAAGUUGGCCGAGGGCAGCUGGGGCUGUGAAGGAUGUAAUCUGAGGGAAAAGCGGAUCGUGUUUCCAUGCAAACGACGCCGCCGUCCACGCGCAGCCAUGCAGGAGCUCCUCGAGACCUGUUAUCAGCUGCACUGACUCUCAGCCUUCAUUUCUAACCGAUUUACACCGAGACGUCUGCAGGAUGAAAUCGAAGUGAGUUCGGAAGCGAUCCAUGUCAUGGACGUGUUCAGCUUUGUCAGGAUGCCCAAACUAGCAGGCCACAGGACCAAACCCUCCAGCUGUCCGCCGUCGGCCCCCGGGAGUUGGGCUCCCACACAGGGGCCCCCCAAUGGCUGGGAGAUGGCGUCCUCUAGAGAGGCCCGCGACUGCUACGCCAAUCACCUCUCACAGUCAAGCUCUUUGGAGGAAGUGCGUUUUGAUGUGGAUAAGUUUGUCCCUCCUGCACCGCGAAAGGUGGAAAUGAGGCGGGAUCCGGUGCUCGGCUUCGGCUUCGUGGCGGGGAGCGAGAAACCUGUGGUGGUUCGCUCAGUUACUCCAGGAGGUCCUUCGGAGGGGAAGCUGAUCCCAGGAGACGAGAUCGUGAUGAUAAACGAUGAAGCCGUCAGCUCGGCUCCGCGGGAACGAGUCAUCGACCUGGUCAGAAGUUGUAAGGAGUCCAUCAUCCUGACGGUGGUGCAGCCGUACCCUUCGCCCAAAUCUGCCUUCAUCAGUGCGGCUAAAAAGGCCAAGCUGAAAUCCAAUCCGGUCAAAGUGCGUUUUGCUGAAGAAGUCAUUAUUAACGGACAAGUACCGGAGUCGGUGAAGGAUAAUUCUCUGCUCUUCAUGCCAAACGUGUUGAAGGUGUAUCUGGAAAACGGACAAACAAAAUCCUUCAAGUUUGACUCCAACACCUCCAUUAAGGAUGUUAUUCUGACCCUGCAAGAGAAGCUGUCUAUUAAAAGCAUCGAGCACUUCUCUCUGAUGCUGGAACACAAGAUGGAAGGAUCUGCGACCAAGCUGAUGCUUCUGCACGAGCAGGAGAUGUUAACACAGGUGACUCAGAGGCCCGGCUCACACAAGAUGAAAUGCUUUUUCCGCAUCAGUUUCCUUCCAAAAGAUCCAGUGGAUCUUCUCAGGAGAGACGCUGUUGCCUUCGAUUACCUCUACGUUCAGAGCUGUAAGGACGUGGUGCAGGAGCGCUUCGGCUCGGAGCUCAAAUACGACACGGCGCUUCGUCUGGCCGCUCUUCAGAUGUACAUCCUGACGCUCAGCACCAAACAGACGCAGAAAGUCUCUCUGAAAUACAUCGAAAAGGAGUGGGGUCUGGCGCAGUUUCUGCCUCCAGCGGUGCUGUCCAGCAUGAAAGAGAAGAACAUCAAGAAAGCUCUCACGCACAUUCUGAAAACCAACCAGAACCUGGUGCCUCCUGGGAAAAAGCUGACGGCGUUACAGGCGAAGGUCCACUACCUGAAAUAUCUGAGCGAUCUCAGGCUGUACGGAGGACGAGUGUUCAAAUCAACGCUGGUCCAAGGAGAGAAACACACGGAGGUGACGCUGCUCGUGGGGCCGCGGUACGGCAUCAGUCAUGUGAUCAACACCAAGACCAACUUGGUGGCCCUGCUGGCCGAUUUCAGCCACGUCAACCGGAUCGAAAUGUACACGGAGGACGAGAGGAACGUACGAGUGGAGCUCCACGUCUUGGAUGUUAAGCCCAUCACACUUAUAAUGGAGUCCAGUGAUGCUAUGAACCUGGCGUGUUUGACGGCCGGAUACUACAGACUGCUGGUCGAUUCACGGAGGUCCAUUUUCAACAUGGCCAACAACAGCAACACUGCAGGACAUGACUCAAGGGUCAAGCACAACUACCAGGCAAUCGACUGGAAUUACGCUUCCUGCGGCAGUUACGACGAGUCCCACCCUGAAUACGCCAUCUGUGGGCGAAGAGAGUGUGAUAUUACCCCCAACGUCUCUGAAAUCCACCAGUCGCAUCGUAUGCACAUGGACGAGAAGGCAGAGAGGGCGAGCAGAGGAAGCCACAUUCAUCCACAGCCCUACUUCAGUGUCCCGAAAGGCAAACCUCAAGAGUCGCCCAGAAGCGCCAAGGUGUCCUUCAUAUUUGGCGAUCCUCCGCUGGAAUCUGUGAACCCUCAGAACUUGGGAUACCAAAGACUGAUGGAGGACAUCCCAGAGGUGCUGGAGGAACACCGGUACAUGUACGCACAGCAGAAAGACUACAAGCCUCUGGAAGCAUCGAUGGAGGUCGACGGCUUCCAGUACGGUUCCCACAUGGUCUAUGGCGACGCCAAGAUCUUCGGUACAACGGAAGGCAUCGAGGAGCCUUUGCUGCAUGAUAUCUGCUAUGCUGAGACUACGGACGAUGCCGAAGAUGACGACGACAUUAGUUGCGAGGAGGACAUGAUGAUGAUGAUGAUGGGGGAGAUGAAGGACAAAGCACACUCUCUCCUGUCGCUCUCGGAAUCGAGCGACGACAUCAUUGACCUCACCUCACUUCCGCCGCCUCCAGAAGGCGGCGAUGAGGAGGACAACGAUGACCUGUUGCAGUCGCUGAACUUGGCAAUAGCCGCUCCGCCGCCCGGGUUCAGGGAUAGCUCGGAUGAAGACGAUCACCAAGACCGUAAAAGCAUAACUUUGCUUAAAAAUGACAUCCCUGUGUCACUGAUCGAUUCGGUGCCGACACAGGUGGCCGGUGGGAGCGAGGAAGUGUUCAAUGACGCCGUUGUCUCCACACUACAAGCUCUGGAGGCCUUGGCGGCCUCUGAGGAACAGUCUCACCCACAAUCGGACAAUAGUUCAGGUGUAGAAAUAUCUCGGUCCUUUAGCCCUGAGUCCUCCUCUGAUUCUGGGAAUGAGACAAAUUCCUCCGAAAUGACGGAGAGCUCAGAGCUGGCUGCAGCUCAGAAACUCUCUGAAAACUCUCUGAAAAUGUUAGUAGCCACUGCAGAAGGGUACCAAACUCUAGCCGAAGAGGAGACCGAGUUUCGAUUGGCGGCGUGUAACAUCCGAGAUGAUCCCCAGUCCUCCGCAGUCGCCACUCUUUGCUCGGACCACUUCGAGAUGGAACCGGAAACAAUGGAAACCAAGUCGUUGACGGACUACUUCAACAAAAUGCACAGGGAUGUGAUGAUGGGAAUGCCGAAGAUCGAGGAGCACGAUGGUGGGGUGAAAUCGAGCGCUGAUGCAGAAUCGCGCGUGGAGGAUCUUGUCGGGAUUUACAACAACUUCAACGGACGAGAUUCUCAGCGUUCAGGUCCUUUUGACAUGGAGAGGAUGUCUUAUGCAUUUCACGAAAGCAAUCAAAGAUUGCAUAUGAUUCUGAAUAAUAAAUCCGAAGAGCACAUUUACUCCGAGGUGGCUGGCGAUAGCGGCCCGUUGCAUGCCGACGGGGUUACGCAAAAAGUCACUUUGGAGGACUCCACGGACUUGAACGCAAGUUCCCCCGCCAAAGAACAAUAUCUGAUCGAGCGAGCCCGGAAUGAGCAUCAACAGAGCAAGGCGGCUUCAUCCGAACAAGAGGUGACGCGGUUGUAUGAGUACCACUUGUCCAAAAGGAUGUCGUCUUUACAGAGCGAGGGUGUUCAUUCCCUGCAGAGUUCCCAGUGUUCCUCCAUCGAUGCCGGCUGCAGUACGGGAAGCAGCAGCUGCGUGACGCCAAUGGACUCGCCUCUGUGCACAGUCGAUAGCGUCCACCUGCACGCGGAGUCCUCUCUGAAAGGUCUUGGCUAUCCAAAUCAGAACGUAGAUGGAACGUUUUUGCGGAAACACCACGGACAAGCCGGCACGGAGUCAGGCCGAGAGGGAUGCCAAAGGUUGCCCAAGAUCAGAGAAACUACAGUCUAGCAUGCUGCAGAUGGAGAUAAAACUGAAGAAUCGUCUUCUACUAUACAAUACGUCCAUAUUCAUCCAUAGCACAGUUUCCUAUGUGCCAAACCAGAGGUGAUCGGAGGUCUUGAAUGCUUCCCUGUUUAUUCUUGCACUUGGCCUCAAACGACCCCCGCUCUGGUUGCCUCAGCGAGGCAGAAAGGGAAUCUUAAUAAGACAACUAUUGGCUCAGGGAGCAUUGACAGUUUUUAUGGAAACUGCAACAAGUAUGUAGAUGGUCAAAAUCACACAGUCAACCCUGGACGGAGCUGAUUACAACCCUGUCGUUCUUAAAGUCAACAUGAAACUCAUUUUACUUCUGUAACGUGACAUUUUGUUGUAUCCACUGGUGUUAUUUAUUGGAUUGUGAAGACUGGGCAUUCCAUACCAGGAUGAAGUCUGGUGGUUGGAGGGAAUGAGCUGAAAAAUAAAAGGGAUUUAUUGUUAGUGUUUGGAGUAGAGCGCUGCAGUGAUGCCGUAUUUUUGUAGGCAAACCAGUCUCAUCCCUCGACAUAAAAACCCAAUGACAUAACCCCAUAUUAUCAGUCAUAUUGUAUUUGCUUCAUGAUUGUGUUUGUAUGUUUAUACUGUUCUACAUCGUCUAUAUGAUGUUAUGGUUAUUUUUCCUCUGAUUCCUUGGCUCAAGAACAUUCGAUUGCACCCUAUGAUGUCAUUUUCUGUCCUGAAAAUGUUUCCGCCAUUUUGAAUUUUCCGAAAAAUCUACCUUUUCAAACUCCUCCUAGGCCGUAGCUCCAAUUUUCACAAAAAACGAAUCUCAUCAUCUUCACACCAUGCCGACAAAAAGUUAUGAAUUUCAAGUCGAUUCGUCAAACUGUUCUCGAAUAAAGCGCAAACGAAUUUGAUGAAGUGCCCGCCAAAAUGAACAUGAGGCUAUGUUUCCGCAACGCUUUAGCGUAUUCUGACCAAACUUGGUGUGUGUAAUGAUGACCAUGACAUGAGGCUAUCUGCACAGUUUCGGCGCAGUGCCACCUAGUGGUCAGGAGAUGGCUAUUUUUGCUUAUAUAUUCUGAAUGGUUUGGCCAAAAAUCACAAAGAUUCAGUGCAGCAUGCCAAGUUGAACAAUACCCAAUUUUCCCUUUUCGGACAUUUUGGGCGUCGUUCAUUUUGAAUUUUGCAUAAAUGCUAUAUUUUACAAACACAUUAACAUAUCGUUACAAAACUCGGUAUGGGUCUUCGGCACCAUGCCCUGACAGUACUCAAAAAGUUUUGACCUAGUGGUCAAAAGUUAUAAUGAAAUUUAUAAAAAAUGCUUUUGACUAAAUGAACCUGUUGUAAUGAAACUGGUCUCAAUAGAUUCCUAGAGCCAUUCAGAGAACAUGGAUACCAAUUCUGCCACAGUCAGCCAAACUUCCUGUCCGCCAUUUUGAUUUUCUUUAAAAAAAAUCUACUUUUUUAAACUACUCCUAGGCCAUAGCUUCUAUUUUCACGAAAAUUGAACCAGAUCAUCUUCGGAUCAUGCUGACAAAAAGUUAUGGCUUUCAAGUCUAUUUGUUAAACCACUCUCGAAUAAAGUGCAAACAAAUUUGAUGAAGUGUCCUCCAAAAUGAAGAUGAGGCUAUAUCUCCGCAACGCUUUAGCGUAUUCUGACCAAACUUGGUGUGUGUUAUGACAACCAUGACACGAGGCUACCUGCACAGUUUCGGCGCAGUGCCACCUAGUGGUCAGGAUUAAUGAAAAAUGGCUUAACUUUUUUUUGCUUAACUUCCGAAUGGUUUGGCCAAAAAUCACAAAGAUUCAGUGCAGCAUACCAAGUCGGACGGUGCUCAAUUUUCCUGUAUCGGCCAUUUUGGCCGUUGGCCAUUUUGAAUUUUGUCAUAAAAUGCUAUAUUUUAGAAUGCAUUAACGUAUUGUUACAAAUCUUGGUAUGGGUCUUCAGCACCAUGCCCUGACAGUACUCAAAAAGUUUUGGGGUCAGCGCCACCUAGUGGUCAGAAGUUAUAAUGAAAUUCAUAAAAAAUGCUUUUGACUAAAUGAACCUAUUGUAAUGAAACUGGUCUCAAUAGAUUCCUAAAGCCAUUCAGAGAACAUGGAUACCAAUUCUGCCACAGUCAGCUCCUCCUAGACCAUUGGUCUGAUUUUCACAAAAGACGAAUCGCAUCAUCUUCAGACCAUGCCGACAAAAAGUUAUGAAUUUCAAGUCGAUUCGUCAAACUGUUCUCGAAUAAAGCGCAAUCGAAUUUGAUGAAGUGCCCGCCAAAAUGAAGAUGAGGCUAUAUCCCCGCAAAGCUUAAGUGUAUUCUAACCAAACUUGGUGUGUGUAAUGACAACCAUGAUACGAGACUACCUGCACAGUUUCAGAGCAGUGCCACCUAGUGGUCAGGAGAUAUAAAAAUGGAUAUUUUUGAUUAUAACUGAAUGGUUAUGUUUAUGAAAUUAUGGAUUUCAUGGAUUUCAGCAAUGAAUUUGAGGCUUGAUGCCAAAACGACUCCUGAGGCUGUAUUUCUGCAAUGCUUUGGCAUAUUGACAUUAAACUUUGCAUGUGUCAGAAGUGCUAAAAUGCAACUUGUUUCUGGGUUUUGGCCUACAAAAAUAUUCCAUCCCUGCAGCAUUAAGACAAAUGUGCACUAAGAAAGUAAAUUGGGUGAAUUUUGAUUUCUUGUUGACUUUAAUCUUCUGAAGUGUAAGUGAAUGACAGGCCGUUGGACGUUACCGAAGUCAGCACAAGACAACAGGCUUUCUAUUUAUGUCGAGCACUGGAACAAGGCAAGUCCAUCUCCUUAUUCUUUCAGAUGACAUAAGAACUGUGCAUUGCUCUGAGAGGUUCUUGCACUGGUCACUUAAUACGUCUGUUUUAGCCACAUUUGUGUGCAAAUCCUCAAGACUGCAUGUGUGGAGCUUUUCUGCUCUGAUGAUUUUGUUUUUUAUGCAGCAAAAGGACAUUUUCAAAGUGCUAGUUGGACUUAAAGCGAUUCAGGAAGUCACUUUAUUUAUUUUUUUUGCGUGGAGGCUUUGGAAAGUUAUUUUGAUGACCAAAGCAAAACUACAUUUGCUGUUGUAGCAAUGGCCAUGUGUCAAAAAUCACUGCUUUUAUUUAUUUAGCCAUAGUAAAGCCAUACGAUAUCACACAUACCUUUGUCAUCAAGAUAAUCUGGCCAUUGCGAUCCACUGUGAUAACAGUGCUUGUGUAUAUUUUGUGUAAUAUGUAAAAUGAAAGGGAAGUAUUCUACAAUACAUAGAAUUUUUAAAAGACAAUAUAUAUAUAAUAUAAACCACAUCACCUUAUAGAUGCAUCCUUUUUGUUCCAUGUGUUUAUUUCAGUCGCCAUAACAGAAGAGCUUCACUUUCAAAGACAUUUUAGCCACUAUACGAUCUGUAAACUGUAUUAUGUUCGCGAAUUGCACCGUUUCAUUUGCUGUUUGGCUAAUGCAAACAUUUACUGAAAUAAUUUAAAGUCAACAUGAAGCAUCGUUUCCAGUGCAACAAAAAAACUGGAUUUUAUCCAUCAGGAAUUGGUUGGAUGGUGAAAGUGGUUGAUAAAUCAUUUCUGAAGUUGGUACAUUUUGAUGAAGGAUUAUUUUUGUUGUUAUUUAUUCAGAAUAACGUGCAUGGAUGAAUCAUUCACUAUAUGACCAGGAAAGGUCCGUUUUGAUUUCAUGUUGACUUUAAAUGAUAAAUGUAAUGUAUUUUAUUUGAUUCAUCUUCAUUAAAUAUUUCAGCUUGGA